AGAGCGAGUAAUGAGCUCUACUGAGGACAUUUGUAAUGCCCUUUUUGCAUUUCUUUCCUCCAACUUACUGUAUGUGCGUAAAGGAGUAGCCGGUGUUUAUUAUUUACCUGGAGAUUAUUGGUGGUGACAGUAAAAUGCCUCUGCACAUCGGGGUGUAACCAAAGGGAUCAAGACCGAUGGGAGGAGGGUCGCCCGGGGAUUUCUGAAGCCGAGCCGAGUUUGUAAAGUAAAGUGAAAAGGUGAGCUACCUACGGGACGGACGCGCCACGCCCCUUGGCAGGUGGAACAAAUAGCGGACCUCUCCCUUGUCUUCCUCCAUCCAUAUUCUUGUGUGCGCAAAGUCAUGCACUGAGAGCUGCGGGACGUCGUGAAUGUCAGUGUUGAGAGGGAAGAGAGAAGAAAGAGGACUGGAUCAUUUUGUCUGUCCGGGCAUUAUGAUACUGGGUACAUUGGCAUGUGAGUUGUGAGGCUGUUGUUGCUGUGAAUCCAACAUGGAGGUGAAGAAGGAUGGAGGAGGGCCAUGGUCGUCUCCAGGAGCCUCCUCUUCUCCCUCCAACCGUGUCUGCUACAGGAGCACCCUCACAGCCUUCCUCCUCCUUUUCCUCAUUAUCGGGAUCUUUGUAGGCCUGGUUAUUGCCUACCUGGUGCAGGAGCAGCAUUAUUUUAUGGAGACGGUGGAGCUGAAAGGUCUGAAGUAUGAUCCAGUUCUGCAGAAUGAGAACUCUGGUUUCUUCAUAGUACUGACCUCAGUUUUAAAGUCCAAGAUUAAAAAUGUCUUCACUGCCUCGUCAAUAUCACAUCACUAUGUUGAUUGGAAUGUUGUUGCCUAUGGUAACGUUAGUGGUGAUGUGAUGGCAACAUUCACACUGGUCUUCAGUGUGUCCAGGAUCCAGCAGUAUUCAGACAACUCUGUUCAGGACCUGCUGAGAGCAGGACUCAGCUCAGUAAUGCACGGGAAACCACUGAAGGUGCCAGAAUUUGGAGAGAUCAACGCUAUCAUCUUACUGGGAGCCAGUGGGAAGUCAUUUUAUGCUAUUGGAGAUGAGUUGACAGCCAGGUGUCCUGACAACACCUUCACUUGUGACAAUGGAGAAUGUGUCACCAAAUUGAAUCCAGAGUGUGACUUCAUCCCCAACUGUGCAGAUGGAUCUGAUGAAGCUCAUUGUGCCUGUGGUACACGCCCCGCUAUGGGGAAUCGCGUGGUGGGUGGCGCGGAUGCUCGGCAAGGGGAGCUGCCAUGGCAGGUCAGUCUGAGGCUCAAUGGACAACACUCAUGUGGAGCCUCCAUCAUCAACGAGCGGUGGCUGGUCAGUGCGGCACAUUGCUUUGAGAGGAACAACGACCCCAGAGAGUGGACGGCCCUCGUAGGGGCCAGACUUAUGAGCGGUGAGGAGUCUGAGUCUACAACGAUUAAGAUCAAGUCGCUGGUUGUGUCUCCAGACUACAACCCUACGACUACUGACAGUGAUGUUACAGUGCUGGAGCUGGAGACCCCUCUCACCUUCAGCUCUUACAUCCAGCCCGUCUGCCUGCCCUCCCCGUCUCAUGUGUUUGCCCCCGGACAGAGCUGCAUGGUGUCAGGGUGGGGCGCACUAGAUCAGUUAAGGAUUGACUUGCCAACCAAACUGCAGAAGGCGGUGGUGAAAAUCAUCGACUCCGAAGUGUGCAAUCAAUCAUUUGUGUACAGAGGAGCUGUUUCUGACAACAUGAUGUGUGCCGGAUUCCUGGAGGGCAAGGUGGACUCAUGUCAGGGUGACUCUGGAGGGCCUCUGGUGUGUGAGGGUGCCCCAGGGAGGUUCUUCCUGGCUGGGGUGGUGAGUUGGGGUGUGGGCUGUGCCCAGAUCAACCGGCCUGGGGUUUAUUCCCGCGUCACCAGGCUCCGCAACUGGAUUCUAAGCUAUGCAGAUCCCAGCUUGGUCCAUGGUUACUCCCAGCAUGUUCCCACUGUGCCAGUUACUGUGACUGGAGGAAGCUCUAAAAAUCAGCCAGUAUCCAGGCCCAUAGCCAUGGAUGGGUUAUCUGCACCAACACUACCUGUCUUCAACUGCAGUGGAGACUUCCAGUGUAGCUCCACCUCCUGCAUCAGCAAGGCCAACCCAGAGUGUGACGGCGUCCCAGACUGCCCCAACCAGGCCGACGAAAGAAACUGUGACUGUGGCGUACGUCCUGCAUUGGGUUCCCACAGGAUUGUGGGUGGAGUAACAGCUCGAAGGGGGGAGUGGCCUUGGAUUGGCAGUCUCCAGUACCAGAGACUUCACCGCUGUGGCGCCACACUCAUUCACAGCAAAUGGUUACUCACAGCGGCACACUGCUUGAAAAGUGACCCUAGCCCGACUCACUGGGCUGUGAGCCUGGGAUCUGUGCUGCGCUCGGGGGUAGGAGCCCUGGUCAUCCCCAUCCAGAGGGUCGUCAUCCACCCGGCCUUCAACAGCACCAACAUGGACUAUGACGUGGCUCUGUUGGAGCUGGCAGUACCGGCCCCCAUGUCUUACACCAUCCAGUCUGUCUGUCUCCCCUCACCGGUGCACCGCUUCCUCAAAAAUGCAGAGUGCUACAUCACAGGCUGGGGAUCCAUGAGGGAAGGAGGUUCGUUGACCAACCUGCUGCAGAAAGCUGCAGUGAGCAUCAUUGACCAGGCAGACUGCCAGCAGUCAUAUGGAAACGUGCUGACUCCUAACAUGAUGUGUGCCGGUUACAUGGAGGGAGGCAGGGACACCUGUUUGGGAGACUCUGGAGGGCCGCUGACUUGUCGUGAGCUCUCUGGCCAGUGGUUUAUUGCUGGAGUGACCAGCUGGGGACAUGGAUGUGGGCGAAUUGGUUUUCCAGGGGUUUACACUCGUGUUACGUCUGUCAGGAAAUGGAUAUCUACAUACCUGCCUUUCUGAAGAAGAUGACACACUACACACAGUGGAUUUUCCUGAUACAUCUUCAAAAAACUGUACUGUACAAGGACCAAAGUCAUGCUAAAAGCCACACAUACUGUAGUUUCCACAGUAUUUACCUGUGUGACCUACUGGUGCUGUUUCGUAAUACUGUGCAAUCAUCUAAACUGGGACCAUCCUCUUUCAUAAUGUACUGAAGAAAGAAGGAGAAUACUGAACUGUGGUCUAUGGACAUUCUGCUAGCACAUGCAUGAUUGAAAGUAUUUAUUUACUUUAUUUAUUUACAUUACUGGUUAACUUACUGUACAUGGUGGUCUUUUUUCCAUUUUGUGUGGGGUUCAGAAUAUAUGUGGUUCAUUUAUGGGUACAUUUCCUUGUCUUUUUUGUAUCUAAUCUUAAAAAAAACAAAGUAUAAAUUGUUACUGAAAGGUAGGUUUUCUGGGGGAAAAAAUAUAGUUCUGUAUGAAAAAGUGGAAUCAGCUUCAAAGGAAUUUUGACUUGAGCUUAAUAAACUCAUGGUGAGGUUUCAUUGAUAGAUAUACACUCUUUGUGAUGAGAGAGACAAGAGAAGACUGACAUUUAUUUUUCAUGAAAAUCAUUCCAUUUGCUCUCAAUCUCACUGCAAUUAAUUUGUCCCUAUGUGAACUCAGCAUGAUAGGGGUAAAAGGAUUGUGGUUCCUAGACAAGCUAUGCUCAUAAAGCUGAGAAAGGUUCAGUACCCUGUGUACAGCAAGGCAGACCCUGCUGAAACAAGCCCACUACUGUGGAGGGCGGCAGAUAGGGUGACAACUAGAAAACAGAUCAGACAAAACAGUUUUGUUCUCCAGGCGUACUUUGAUAUCGAACUGUUUAGAGACUUGUGAAUGUCAGGUUCACAGUUGUGAAAACACCAAGUUGCUCCUCAAGUCUUCCUUUUGAUUUGAAGUAGGUCUUUUAGAGUAAAAUCAUGUUAAGGAAAGCCUGUGUUGUCCCCAAAGGGCUCCAGUUUUGCUGCUUAUUAUUUUAGGCACAAAUGUUUAGUCUCUCUCAGAGCAUAAACACAAUGAAAAGCAUUAGCAACAUACAUGCUGACAGUGUUUUAUGGAGCAAUUGUUGUGAGUGAGAGACUUAAGUCAUGUUUACAGUUAUUACAGGUAUCAUGUUCCAAGUAUACCAGCUCUUAAACACAAGAA